AUGACUCAUCUAGUGCUCUCUAUUGCCAUUUAUAGCAAAGAUGUUCUACAACUUGGAGCUAUUUGGAGCGGAGCAACAAAAGUCCCAUUAUUUGCUUCGGCAACAUCUGGGCAGAAAAAGUCCCAUUAUUAGCUUCGGCUACAUCUGGGCAGAAAAAGUCCCAUUAUUAGCUUCGGCUACAUCUGGGCAGAAAA